AUGUCUCUCGCAGAUGCGUCUGAAGCCCGGAAAGCGCGUUUGGUCGCGCUUCGCAAGAGAAAAGCAGGCGAGGCAGGUGACAACGACAAUGUGUCCUCAGACACAGUCAUCAAACACCGAACGUUUGAUCCUGAAAGGCGGACUUUGAAGAAGCAUACACCUGACGAUGAUGUCGUAAUGGAAGAUACAGUCGAGAAGAAAGUGGAGGGGCUUGCACAUGCGAUUAUUGCAGAAGAUGCGGAACGACGAGCGCAAGAUUUAGAUUUGUUUAACAUUGCGCCCAAACGGCCAAAUUGGGAUUUGAAGAGAGAGAUGGAGAAAAAGCUCGCGAAGCUGGAGCGAAGAACGCAGGAGGCAAUCCACACUCUGAUAAGACAACGACUGGCUUCACAGAAGGGUCAAUCAGACGAUAUAUUGGGCGCUAUGAAUGCUGCAGAGAAGGCAGGCCAGGUUGAAGAUGAUGCGUCAGAUGACGAAGAUUAA